CUGAGCCAGGGCCUUCUUUCUCCCAGCUGGUGCAUGAUCAUCUAUCUCAGCUUUCAAGAGUUGGAGUGUUACUUCCCAACCACAAAAGACCCCAAAACUGGGAAGGAAUAGAUCUGCGACCCAUUUGUGAAUAAGCCAGGUGAAUCGUCUUUGUCCGUGCUAGAAGAGGAUCAACUGCUUGAGAUUGUAAAUGACGGUGGCCUAAAAAGGAUGGUUGAGACAACUUCAGGUCUCCAUAUGUUCUGGAUUAAAGUCAAGGCGGAAUUUCCUGAGAUUACCACAUAAAGCACUGAAAAGCCUGCUUCCAUUUCCAACAUUCUAUCUUUGUGAAGCAGGGUUUUCUGCAGUGACAGAAGCCAAAAUGAGAUUAUGGAGUUGACUGGACAUAGGCAACAUGCUUCGGGCGUCACUGUCUCCCAUCACUGCCCAGAUGGACCAUCUAGGAAAACAAGCCCAGGGCUCCCACUGAUUCUGCAUUAUGCUAUCGUGGAUGAUGAAAGGCUCUCUGCAGAGGAGAUGGAUGAGAGGAGGCGGCAGAAUAUCGCUUACGAAUAUUUGUGCCACUUGGAGGAAGCCAAAAGGUGGAUGGAAGUCUGCUUAGUAGAAGAAUUGCCACCAACCACUGAACUGGAAGAAGGGCUCCGGAAUGGAGUUUACCUUGCAAAGUUAGCCAAGUUCUUUGCCCCGAAAAUGGUAUCAGAGAAAAAGAUCUAUGAUGUGGAACAAACACGUUAUAAGAAGUCUGGCCUUCAUUUCCGACACACAGAUAAUACGGUCCAGUGGUUGAGAGCCAUGGAGUCUAUUGGACUACCCAAGAUAUUUUAUCCAGAAACCACAGAUGUCUAUGAUCGGAAAAACAUACCAAGGAUGAUAUAUUGCAUUCAUGCACUAAGUUUAUAUCUGUUCAAACUAGGAAUAGCACCUCAGAUCCAGGAUUUGUUGGGCAAAGUGGACUUCACAGAGGAAGAAAUCAGUAACAUGAGAAAAGAGCUUGAGAAAUACGGAAUACAGAUGCCAUCUUUCAGCAAAAUAGGUGGUAUUCUGGCCAAUGAACUAUCUGUGGAUGAAGCUGCCUUACAUGCUGCAGUUAUAGCCAUUAAUGAAGCUAUUGAAAAACGAGUCGCAGAGCAGACCAUCGUAACGCUAAGAAACCCCAAUGCAGUCUUAACUUUAGUGGACGACAACCUUGCACAGGAAUAUCAGAAGGAACUCUGGGAAGCCAAAAAGAAAAAAGAGGAAAAUGCAAGACUAAAGAAUAGCUGUAUUUCAGAAGAAGAAAGAGACGCAUAUGAAGAACUGCUGACGCAAGCGGAAAUCCAAAGCAAUGUUAACAAAGUCAACAGGCAGGCUGCAGUGGACCACAUCAAUGCCGUCCUUCUGGAAGGCGACCCUGAGAACACACUGCUCGCACUGCAGAAACCGGAGGCCCAGCUGCCUGCUGUUUAUCCCUUCGCUGCUGCUAUGUAUCAGAACGAACUUUCCAACCUCCAGAAGCAGAACGCCAUGAACUACUUGGCCCACGAGGAGCUCUUGAUUGCGGUGGAAAUGUUGUCUGCGGUUGCUUUACUAAACCAGGCCUUGGAAAGCAACGAUCUUGUCUCCGUGCAGAAUCAACUCAGAAGCCCCACAAUAGGCUUAAACAAUCUGGACGAGACAUAUGUGGAACGGUAUGCAAACUCACUACUCUCCAUUAAACUAGAAGCCUUAUCCCAAGGACAAGAUAACUUAAGCUGGAAUGAAAUUCAGAAUUGUAUCGAUAUGGUUAAUGUUCAAAUUCAAGAAGAAAAUGACCGAAUUGUAGCUGUAGGGUACAUUAAUGAAGCUAUUGAUGAAGGGAAUCCUUUCAAGACUUUAGAAUCCUUGCUGCUACCUACUUCUAAUAUCAAAGAUGUGGACCCAGACUAUGCCCAGCACUACCAGGAUGUUUUACACCAUGCUAAAUCACAGAAAUUCAGGAAUCCUGAGAGUAUUUCUAAAGUUCUUUGGCUGGAGGAAAUACAGCAAGCCAUCAAUGAGGCCAACGGGAACAAAGACAGAGCGAAACAAGGUGUUACGCUGAUCAUUGAUGUUAAUCAGUGUUUGGAGGGGAAAAAACCAAAUGAUAUUUUGUCUAUAUUGAAGUCUUCUGCUUGUAAUGCAAAUGACAUAAUCCCUGAAUGUGCUGACAGGUACUAUGAAGCCCUUGAGAAGGCAAAAGGGCUCAAAACUGGAAAAGUGUCUAAUGAAGGUUCAUGGCUCAAACUCACCCUGCAGGAGAAAUAUGACUACUAUUACAACGUUGAUUCAAAAGAGGGUUCCUGGGUCCUGCCUGAAUCAUACUUCUGUAAGGAAUCAUGGCUCACGGAAAAAGAAAUUGAGGAUGUUAUUGAGGAAGUCACGCUAGGUUACAUGCGUGAGAAGAUGUGGUCUGCUUCAGAAGAUUUGCUGCUUCGCUUUCGAAGCACAACCUCAGGAAACAUCCUUAUGGAAGAGUUUGAAGCUAGGAAAUCAUUUUUCUAUGGACAAGAAAAGAAUGUGGUGAAAAUACAGACUUUUUGGAAAGGACAUAAACAGCGGAAGGCGUAUAUGGACCGACGGCAGAUGUUCUUUGAUAAUGUUCAUUCUAUUGUGAAGAUUCAGUCCUGGUUCCGAAUGGCAACAGCAAGAAAGACCUACCUUUCACGACUACAGUAUUUCAAAGAUCAUAGUAAUGAAAUUGUGAAAAUACAGUCACUGUUGAGAGCAAACAAAGCAAGAGAAGACUACAAAACAUUGGUUGGCUCCGAAAACCCACCAUUAACAGUCAUCCGCACAUUUGUACACCUAUUGGACCAAAGUGAUUUGGAUUUCCAGGAGGAGCUGGAGGUAGCACAAUUAAGAGAAGAAGUGGUGACCAAGAUUAGAGCCAAUCAACAGCUAGAGAAAGACCUGAACCUGAUGGACAUCAAGAUUGGACUCUUGGUGAAGAACAGGAUCACGCUAGAGGAUGUAAUCUCACACAGAACUAAGCUGGAUAAGAAAAAAGGAGAAGUAUUGAACACGAUUGACAAGCAUGGAAUAAAAAGUUUAAGUAAGGAGAGGAGAAAAACACUAGAAACUUACCAGCAGCUAUUUUACCUUUUACAGACCAACCCUUUAUACUUGGCGAAGCUGAUUUUCCAGAUGCCACAGAACAAGUCAACAAAAUUUAUGGAUACCGUCAUUUUCACACUAUACAAUUAUGCUUCUAAUCAGCGAGAGGAAUAUCUACUCCUCAAGCUUUUUAAAACUGCUCUGGAGGAAGAAAUACAAUUGAAGGUGGACCAGGUACAGGACAUAGUUACAGGUAACCCUACUGUAAUCAAGAUGGUUGUCAGCUUCAACAGAGGUGCCCGGGGACAGAACACCCUGCGCCAGCUCCUGGCCCCCGUGGUGAAAGAGAUCAUCGAUGACAAUUCCCUGAUGAUCAACACGAGCCCUGUAGAGGUGUACAAGGCUUGGGUGAACCAGCUAGAAACACAGACAGGAGAGGCCAGCAAGCUGCCUUAUGAUGUGACCACAGAACAAGCUCUCACAUACCCAGAAGUGAAAAAUAAACUGGAGGCCUCCAUCGAGAACCUGAGAACGGUCACCGACAAAGUCCUGAAUUCUAUCGUUUCUUCCCUGGAUCAACUGCCUUAUGGAUUGAGGUAUAUAGCCAAAGUACUGAAGAAUUCGAUCCAUGAGAAAUUCCCCGAUGCAACAGAAGAUGAGCUAUUAAAGAUUGUGGGAAACCUGCUGUACUAUCGGUAUAUGAACCCAGCCAUCGUAGCUCCCGAUGGCUUUGAUAUCAUUGACAUGACGGCCGGAGGCCAGAUAAACUCUGACCAAAGGAGAAACUUAGGAUCCGUGGCCAAGGUUCUUCAGCACGCAGCCUCCAACAAGCUGUUUGAAGGAGAAAAUGAGCAUCUCUCAUCUAUGAAUGAUUAUUUAUCAAAGACAUAUGAAGAAUUCAGGAAAUAUUUCAAAGAAGCAUGUGAUGUCCCUGAGCCAGAAGAGAAGUUUAAUAUGGACAAAUACACAGACUUGGUGACAGUCAGCAAACCAGUCAUUUAUAUCUCAAUUGAGGAAAUCAUCAGCACACAUUCGCUCCUGUUGGAACACCAGGAUGUGAUUGCCCCUGAAAAAACGGACUCACUGACUGAGUUGUUGGGGUUGCUGGGAGACGUACCUACUGUGGAAUCUUUUCUUGGGGAAGGAGCAGUUGACCCCAAUGAUCCUGACAAGGAAAGUAUACUAAAUCAACUCUCAAAGACUGAGAUUUCCCUUUUCUUAACAAGCAAAUAUGACAUAGAGGAUGGAGAAGUUAUAGAUGGCAGAAGCCUCAUGAUACAGACCAAAAAGCUGAUAGUUGAUGUAAUUCGGAACCAGCCAGGACACACAUUGACAGAUAUCUUAGAGACACCAGCAACUGCACAACAGGAACUAGAUCAUGCCUCAGACAUGGUGAGCCGUGCAAUUAUAGAUUCCAGAACUCCAGAAGAAAUGAAGUAUAGCCAGUCCAUGAUGGAGGAUGCUCAGCUGCCUCUGGAGCAGAAGAAGAGGAAAAUCCAGAGGAAUCUCCGGACAUUAGAACAGACUGGACUCGUGUCAUCCGAAAACAACUACCAAGAGAUUCUCAAUGAGAUUGCCAAGGAUAUUCGAAAUCAAAGAAUCUAUCGUAAGCUUCGAAAAGCUGAAUUAGCAAAACUUCAGCAGACCCUGAAAGCACUUAAUGAUAAGGCAGCAUUUUAUGAAGACCAAGUUAAUUAUUAUGACACCUACAUAAAGACUUGUUUAGACAACUUAAACAGAAAAAAUUCUCGGAGAUCAAUUAAGUUCGACGGAAAAGGAGAACCCAAAGGAGCGAAGAGAUCUAAAGCUGUGAAGUACACAGCAGCAAAGCUACAUGAGAAAGGCAUCCUGCUGGGGAUAGAUGAUGUUCAGACAAACCAGUUUAAGAAUGUUACAUUUGAUAUCAUAGCUACUGAAGAUGUGGGCAUCUUCGAUGUCAGAUCUAAAUUCCUUGGUGUAGAAAUGGAAAAGGUGCAGCUCAAUAUUCAGGAUUUACUUCAGAUGCAAUAUGAAGGCGUAGCUGUAAUGAAAAUGUUUGAUAAGGUUAAAGUGAAUGUAAACCUUCUCAUAUACCUGCUGAACAAGAAAUUCUAUGGAAAGUGAAGUGCCUGAAGACCUUUCAUGAAUUCAGUUAUCAUCUGGAUUGGGAAAUCAAUUUGUUUAGUAUUUUUUUUUUUAAACAUGAUUGAAAUCACUGCUUACAAAUGUGUGAUUUUUUUUUUAAAGACCAAAACUGUUCUGAAAAAUGUGCCUUUUUGAUAAUUUGAUACUAAAAUAGAAUGAUAUGCAAAAUGAAUUAAUGUAAACACAUCCACAUUGUACUGUGGUGUAGGUACUCUGAUUAAAACUUUGGACAUCUUGUGAUCUAUUUUAAAGUAGGGGGAGAAAUUUAACUGACUAGGGACAAACAUGUAAACCUAUUUUCCUAUGAAAAAAUUUUAAAUGUCCCACUUAAAUAAUGUAAUUCUUCAUAGAUUUUUUUUUAUCUGUGGAUAAAUGGAAACCUAAUUAUUUGUAAUGAAUUAUUUAGAUAGUUCUAAGCCUUGUCUUCUGGGAGUUAUCAAUUUUAAAGAGAACUUUUGUGCAAUUCAAAAUGAAGUUUUUAUAAGUAAUUGAAAAUGACAAUACAAUAACACUUUCUGUAUAAAAGUAUAUAUUUUAUGUGAUUUAUUCCUACUAAAUGAAAGUGCACUACUGCCUCAUGUAAAGACUCUCAUACGAAGAGCCUUUAAGUGACUAAGGAACAACGUGAUAGCGAUCAUAGGUCCCCACCUCCGUCCCUCAUGAUGUAUUUGAAUACUUUAAUUGUGCCUCUCAAUUUUUUGUAAUGCUAUAAAAUCAGUAUCUAGAUGCUUUUUAAAUGUAUUCUUUGGAAAUUGUUUUAUGUAAAAUAAAUGUUACUUAAUUACAUU